CAUGGAAUGAGCCCACACCUUCUUCUUCAGUCACGAACUCACGCACAAACUGUUUCCCCAUUCUCGAUCCCUCCUCUUCCUCCUCUCCCUCUCUCCCUCUCUUCACUCUCGCAUUAAUCCAAUUAUCCUCCAUCUCCUUUGGUGGCAGCAACCUGCAACCAUCGCAGGUAGCCACGCCGCCGCCGUACACACUUCCCUCUGUCCAACUCUCUUACUCUUAUUUUAUUUAUAGUAGCACGGCGCCGCCGCGGGCUCUGUUUCCCCCAUUGAUUUCGCCACCUCAAUCUGGACCAGUACAACCCUGCUCUCCUUUUCUUUGGCAGAAAUCAAUUCAAGUUGUUCCUUCAAAUUGGGGCGUGGCAUUACCUUCUAUUCAAGUUUUCAUUUUUUUCAUCUUCUCUUCUUAAUAGAAGAAAACAAAAAGCAGCUUGAUAAAAAGGUUUUUACUGGACAAUUUCGUUUGAUGUUUCCUUUUUACGGUGAAGAUACUGAAUGAAUUUUGUUUGUUUGAUUGUUGAAUCUUGUUUUUGAGUAAAAUUGUUAUUGAAAUUGUUACCGGAAUCACAUUUGUAUAUGCCUGGAAAUUUGAAAAAGAAAAACUGUCGAGAAUUUUGCCCGGAAAAUAUUGACUUUAGAAAACUGCGUUUUUCAUAUAAUAUAUAGAUUUAUAAUUUAACAAUUACUGUCAAUCUAAUUUAUAACUUGACAACGAAUCACAGUUACUUGUAUAUAUGUUAAGAGCAGGUUAAUCUCAUAUUUGAGUAUACUUGAGUCAUAUCAAGAGUCUCUCAGCUAGCCGUAGGGUGACAAGCAAAUUCGUAAUCGGACUUCGGCUGCGUUCGUCUCUGAGGCAGCAGGGAGUGAUAUCAUAUUUUGUCCAGCAAUUGCAGCUCAAACUCGAUGGGCUUGAUGGAGGAGAAGCGUGAAAAUCAGCUGCUGAUAUUGUAUGCUUCACAGACAGGAAAUGCAAUGGAUGCUGCUGAGUGGCUCGGCCGUGAAGCCGAGCGCCGUGGUUGCCCUUCCAUUUCUGUCCUCUCCAUGGAGGAAUUUCAUCCUAGCGAAUUGCCGAACAAGGAAGACGUGAUUUUUGUUGUGUCAACCACGGGUCAGGGGGACAAUCCAGAUUCGAUGAAGGGGUUUUGGAGGUUCUUAUUGCAAAAGAAUUUGACAGACGACUGGCUUAAAGGAGUUAACUAUGCUGUGUUUGGACUGGGCGAUUCAAGCUACCAAAAGUAUAAUUUUGUAGCAAAGAAGCUGGACAAGCGGCUAUCAACUCUUGGUGCGACACCGAUUAUUGAAAGAGGCCUGGGAGAUGAUCAGCAUCCUUCAGGGUACGAAGGAGCUCUGGAUCCAUGGAUGUCCUCCUUGUGGAAUAUAUUGUAUCAGAGGAAUCCCAGGUUGCUUCCAAAUGCUACAACUCCAGAUGCUACUUUGAUAGAUCAACCUAAAGUGCAAGUUAUAUAUCAUGACACUGAAGAAGGCGUGUCACCUGUGACAACUAGCACAGAUUUCAACUAUCUCGAGAUGCAACUUGAGAAGACCCAUUCCAUGAAUCCUGCAAAAUUUUCUGGAAAAAAGAGGCCCGAUUGCUUCCUCAAACUGACCAAGAAUGAUCGGUUAAGUAGAGUGGAAAGUGGAAAGGAUGUACGGCACUUUGAGUUUGAAGCUGUUUCAUGUUCAAUAGAUUAUGAUGUAGGCGACAUUCUUGAGGUUCUUCCUGGCCAAAGUCCUGAAGCAGUUGAUGCUUUUAUGCAACGGUGUAAUUUGAACCCUGAAUCAUACAUAACUGUUCAAGCAAGAGAUAAUCAGAACCAUGGUUUUCUGAAACCUUCUUCCCCUGUGAAGUUAAAAUCCUUUGUUGAGUUGACAAUGGAUGUUGCAUCAGCUUCUCCUAGACGCUAUUUUUUUGAGGUCAUGAGUUUUUUUGCCACUGCUGAACAUGAAAAGGAAAGGCUUCAAUAUUUCGCCUCAUCUGAAGGAAGAGAUGAUUUAUACCAGUACAACCAAAAGGAAAGGAGAACUGUCCUUGAGGUGCUGGAGGAUUUUCCUUCUGUGCAGAUGCCCUUUGAAUGGUUGGUACAGCUGGUUCCUCCACUGAAAACAAGGGCCUUCUCCAUCUCUUCGUCUAGUUCAGCUCAUCCAAAUCAGGUGCACUUAACUAUUAGCGUGGUGUCAUGGACAACACCUUACAAGAGGAAACGCACUGGUCUUUGCUCAUCAUGGCUUGCCGGUCUUGAUCCUGAUCAGAGAGUCCCUAUACCAGCAUGGAUUAGCAAAGGUUGUCUUCCUCCGCCACCACCAAUACUUCCUCUGAUUCUUGUUGGACCUGGAACUGGAUGUGCCCCUUUCCACGGGUUUGUCGAGGAAAGAGCUAUUCAGAGUAAAAUUGUUCCAACUGGUCCUGUUGUUUUCUUCUUUGGGUGUAGAAAUGAGGACGAUUUCCUAUACCGGGAUUUUUGGCUGUCACAUUCUCAGAAGAAUGGAGUACUCUCUGAAGAGAAAGGUGGAGGAUUCUAUGUCGCCUUUUCGAGGGAACAGCCACAUAAAGUGUAUGUACAGCACAAAAUGAUGGAGCGAAGUAGGAAAAUAUGGAGUUUGCUAAGUCAGGGUGCUGCUGUUUAUGUUGCUGGAUCUGCAAAUAAAAUGCCUGCUGAUGUAUUGUCAUCAUUGGAGGAAAUCGUUUCGAACGAAACUGGGGUUCCAAGAGAAGCUGCAUCGACGUGGAUUCGGACACUAGAAAGGGCUGGCAAGUAUCAUGUUGAGGCUUGGUCUUGACCAGUUGACCUUCUUACAACUUCCAUUGCAAUGUAUUACAAGCAUGGAGGUGACAAUGUCGUUUGUUUUUCAACUGUUGUGAGCGGAUUUUAGCAAAUAUUUAUUGGUGAAGAUCACCUAAUAAGUUCAAACUUUAUUUAUUGAAAGUUGAAACUUACAUUGUUCCGUACACUUGAUCAUUUACUGGGAAUUCAUUGUUCUUAAUUAA